AUGGUCCGCGAGCGCAAGGAAAAACGAGCCAAGAACAUCAAGCUCAAACAGCCUGACCGGUCCGGCCCGACGGAAAAGACGCUGCUCGACAUUGCCGACGAGAGGAACCUCUUCAAGCAGGCCGCCGCCAAGGAGCGCCAGAACAAGCGCCAGAACGGCGAGGCUGUCGACGAUGACGACGACGACGACUACGACAACGACGACGACGACGAGGGCCUGUCCCCCGGUGCAGAGCGCCUCCUCGAGACGCUGCUCUACUCGGUCUCGCUGGCGAUGCUGCACCUGACCCUCGACGUGCUGGUGCAGCAGCAGGCCCUGCAGGCUCUGAUGGCCUUUACCGCUCUCGUCUACGCCCUCCACCCCCACGCCGCAGCCACCACGGUCGUGCCCGGCCUGCCCCUGCGCCUCCAGGACCAUGCCAGGCAGGCCAUAUUCCUGGCCAUGGGCACCGCCGCCGGCUGCUACCUGAUCCACAUCACAAACAAGUUCGGCUACAUCGCCGUCCUCAAGCAGGCCCCUCCCCUCGGCUGCCUCUGGGUCUGGUCCGUCAUCGAGCUCCGCCUCGCCCUGGCCGUGGCCAGUCUUGCCGCGUCGGGCGCCUUCUUCUGGCAGGGCGGCUAUACUAUUAGCUGA